AACAGCAGAUCUCCUCUUGGAAAACAGGUCGUCAACAUCGCAGAGAGAACUAAUGCAAGCACAAAAGCACGAUUACUUAAAGAAUUCAAAAUAGCAAAGUCGUGUUUCCUUGUAGUGGUUGUUAGUCUUGUGUUUUCCAUGCCUUCAGUUGUUCUGGCUGGGUUUUUUAACUUGAAAACAAACUUCCUUGCAGAAACACUUCAGAAGUGGUCGUAUCUUUUAAUUUUGUUCAAUUCAACUGCGAACUCUUUGAUUUUUUUCUGGCGUAACAAGGCACUAAGAACUGAGGGGAUGAAUCGCAUCAAGAUCUUCAGGGACUCACUCAGUAGGAUAUGCGGAGAUGUGCAACAUGCGGAAAACAAUUAA